GCCGAGGUCAGGAGAGAGCUCAUGCUGGAGCGACAGCUCGCCAUGAAGAAAGCCGACGACGACGGGCUCGGGUUUGAGGACCCGUGCCGCCCAAUGCGGGCCCAGUCUUUCGACCAUCGCUUCGGGUUUAGCUUUCGGAGUAGUUCACCGUCGGCUAUGGUGCCGCGGCUGCCGGAACCUGCGCCGGGGAAGUUGGAGGUCAACAAGGAGUUGACCCCGGCGGCUAGUUCUCCGGAGCUGAACAAGGGGAGGCUAAUCGUUCUGGCAAAACCGAACCCAGAUCUUUCUGGACUGAAGCGGAAAUUACUGCCAUCAGAGGGUCUUAAUGAGAUACAUCGAUAUAGUAUGAGAAAGAAAAAGAAGAUACCCAAGGAGGUACCCGAGGAAAAAUGGAGUUGUGCUCUAUGUCAAGUGACUGUAGCAAAUGAGAAAACAUUUGAAGGUCACCUUAAUGGCAGGAAGCAUAAGGCCAGCGAAAGACGGCUUGGAGCUGAAAAACUAGGAAAUAGCUCCAGUAACGCACCAAUAUUAAAGAAUAUUGCAAAACUUUCUGAGCCUAAAGUGCUAGAGACAACUGAUGCUGCAAGCUUACAAAUAAGGGCCAAAGAAAGGUGUUUGCUUGACCCUAACGAAGCCAGUGAUGGUUCAGACAAGAAGGAUACAAGUAUUUUAAAAGAGAAAACUUCAGAAGAGAAAAAAGUGGAGCUGCCAGUGCAGGAAGACCAAUGCGGAGAGGAUUCGAGGAACAAUGUUGUAAUAAGAACAGUGCACAUGAUGCAGAGAAAGGAAGAACCAACAAGAACAAAAAAAUUUGAGUUCGUCUGUGAAAUUUGUAAAGUUGGUAGCAACAAUUUCAAGGUGAUGGAGAAACAUGGGAGGGGAAAGAAGCAUAUGGAUAAGCUGAAGGAACUGCGAGAGAAUAAACUCCGAACCACCAUUGAAACAAAUGUGAACAUUGCCACCACAAAGUCCUUGGCAUCAUCAGGGGCUUCGCAGGAGGCAUUACAUAGGCUUCAGCAAGAUACAAAGAAUAGUAUUGCUGCUGCUAAUGUGAUCGAAGAAGCAGAUGCGAGCAUACCAACCACAAUUGCUGUGGCAUCUUUGGUGGCUCCUGAGAAGGCAGAAACUACUAGGCUUCAGGAAUAUAUUUACGUGACCAAGGGAGGAAAUGUGAGCAUGCCAACCGCAGUUGCUGUGCCAACGUGGGGAACAAGUGAGGAGACAGAACCUGGAAGGCUGCUUGAGGAAAUUCUAAAGAUUAAUGUUCCUACCAGUAAUGCGACUAAAGAUAAUGUCAACGUGUCAACCACAACCUCUUCCCGGCAACUAUCAUCCUGGGCUACUGAGGCGGCAGAAAAUUUUAGGAAACUGGAGGCUUAUGAAAAAUUGAUCAAAGCAAGGUUAACUGAAUAAGGCAUAUGGAUGACGAAAGGGCAAUGUUUGCUGACUGCUUGA